CCUCCAGUUGCUCCAUCGCAGCUGGUUGGCCAGAGCGAGCUCCUCGUUGGCCGGAGCCUGCUCGGCUGCCUUCGCCUGGGCGCACUCGGCUGCAGCCAGCUUGUUGGACCCUCCUCCGCUUCUCUCUCUCUCCACCCGGGCUAAGCACGCCAACCCGACCCAGCAGGCAGCAGCUCCCUUCCCAGAGCUCGGGGAUUUCCCCCCCCCCUUGGAUUUCUCUCUGCAAUUGAGUCGGGGAGCGCGCAAGAAGAAGCCCCUGGCUGGCUCUCCUUUGGGGAAGGGUCGUCUGGAAAGGCUUCCUGGCGGCGUCCUUCGACGAGGGCUCCUUUCUUCGAGGCAGGAGAGUGGGGGAAGAGGGAGCGGUGGAGCGAAGGCGGAGCGCUUUGGGGAGGGGGGGUGACCCCCUCUUAAUUAAGAGGAAAAUGUGGUUCUGAAGACGGGCUCCAAGAAAGAGACCUGGAGAUGGCCGCGGCGGGGAUGGAAGAGCUGUGAGUUGGGAGGCGAAGGAGAUCAUGCGCUGACUGGCGUGGAGACGGGCGAAGGGAAGGCAGUGGGGCCUCAGCAGCCUGCAACAUGGCGGAGACAGAAGAGGGCUUCGGGCUGCCGGCCACGCCGGUGGACUCCGAGGCGAAGGAGCUGGCGAGCGAAGGCAAGCAGGAGAGCCAGCUGGGAGCCAGCAGCAAGCAGCCCUCCUCGCCCCAGGCCGCCUUUACCCAACAGGGCAUGGAGGGAAUCAAAGUGUUCUUACAUGAACGAGAAUUGUGGCUCAAGUUUCACGAUGUGGGAACCGAAAUGAUUAUAACCAAAGCUGGAAGGCGCAUGUUCCCUAGCUACAAGGUGAAAGUGACAGGACUCAACCCCAAGACCAAGUAUAUUCUGCUGAUGGAUAUUGUUCCUUCCGACGACCACAGAUACAAGUUUGCAGACAAUAAAUGGUCAGUGACCGGGAAGGCUGAACCGGCCAUGCCUGGAAGAUUAUACGUCCACCCGGACUCGCCAGCCACCGGGGCCCACUGGAUGAGACAGCUGGUCUCCUUCCAGAAACUCAAGCUGACCAACAAUCAUCUCGACCCAUUUGGACAUAUAAUCCUCAACUCCAUGCACAAAUACCAGCCGAGGCUCCACAUCGUCAAGGCGGACGAGAACAACGGCUUUGGCUCCAAGAACACAGCCUUCUGCACCCACGUCUUUCCUGAGACAGCUUUUAUUGCAGUGACCUCGUACCAGAAUCACAAGAUCACCCAGCUCAAGAUUGAAAACAACCCCUUUGCAAAAGGAUUUAGAGGCAGCGACGAUAUGGAGCUGCACAGAAUGUCAAGGAUGCAGAGCAAAGAGUAUCCCGUGGUACCCAGAAGCACCGUCCGACAAAAAGUAGCUUCCAACCACAGCUCUUUCAGUGGUGAGUCCCGGGCUCUGUCUGCCUCCUCCAACCUUGGGUCGCAGUUCCAGUGUGAGAAUGGGGUAUCCAGCACCUCCCAAGACCUGAUGCCGCCUACCAAUCCAUACCCCGGAUCCCAGGACCACGGCCAGAUCUACCACUGCACCAAGAGAAAAGAUGAAGAAUGUUCCACCACCGAGCACCCGUACAAGAAGCCCUACAUGGAAACGUCUCCGGCAGAAGACGACUCCUUCUACCGCUCCGGCUACUCGCAGCAGCAGGGACUGACUGCCGGCUCGUACAGGACUGAGUCCGCCCAGCGCCAGGCGUGCAUGUACGCCAGCUCCACACCCGGUGCGGAGCCGGUGCCCAGCCUGGAAGACAUCAGCUGCAACACCUGGCCGGCCAUGCCCUCCUACAGCAGUUGCACAGUGACCGCCAUGCAGCCCAUGGAACGGCUGCCCUACCAACACUUCUCCGCCCAUUUCACCUCCGGCCCCCUGAUGCCUCGGCUCACCACCGUCUCCAACCACGCCUCGCCGCCCAUUGGGGACACGCACGCCAUGUUCCAGCACCAGACCUCCGUCCCCCACCAGCCCAUCAUCCGGCAGUGUGGACCUCAGGCGAGCAUUCAGUCACCUCCCAGCAGCUUACAGCCGACAGAGUUCCUUUAUUCCCACGGGGUGCCCCGGACCCUUUCGCCCCAUCAGUACCACCCCGUGCACGGCGUGGGCAUGGUGCCAGAGUGGAGCGAGAACAGCUAACAAGGCCAGAAGGAGCAUCGCUGGAGAAUUGCGCGGCAGACUCUUCCAGACCAAUGAGGGUUGGCUUGCUUAACUGAAUGUUGCUAUCUAAGCACGCGAGAGAUGGAUAGUUGUCCCACUGGGGCAGACCAUGGUAUUGUAUUUCCUCUUCUUUCGUUUCUAAAGGUCAUUGGCAAACCGACCCACAGAUCUGACCCACCCACCCCCGUCAUCCUCCUUGCUCAGACAUAGCCACACAGAGUUUGCAUUGCUGCCACACUGAUUCAUAAGCUUUUAUUUUCAGGUGAAACACGGGAUUUUAUUUUUAAUUUUUUUGCUGCCGUUCUUGACGCAAGGAGAGAGCUUCUAUAAAGCGACGAGAAGACGUGCUUCCUUUUGUUUCCUUUGGUGUUGAUAUUGACCUUGUUAUAUAAUAAAUGAUAAUAUAUAUCUA